GCGCGGUCGGCAGUCGCCUGGCGGGGGUGGUGACUUCUACGACGUCUCCUUCAAGGUCAUGUUGGUGGGAGACUCAGGCGUGGGGAAAACCUGCCUGCUUGUGCGCUUCAAGGAUGGUGCUUUCCUGGCAGGCACCUUCAUCUCUACUGUGGGCAUUGACUUUCGGCACAUCAGAGAUGUCCAUCCUUUGGAAGCAGGGAAGAGGCUGACUUGGCAAAACAAAGUUCUGGACGUGGAUGGGAUGAAGGUGAAGCUGCAGAUCUGGGACACAGCUGGUCAGGAGCGAUUCCGCAGUGUUACCCAUGCCUACUACCGGGAUGCACAUGCACUGCUGCUUCUCUAUGAUGUCACCAACAAGGCCUCCUUUGACAACAUUCAGGCCUGGCUGACUGAGAUCCAGGAAUACGCCCAGGAUGAUGUGGUUCUCAUGCUCCUGGGGAACAAGGUGGACUCUGCCCAGGAGCGUGUGGUGAAGAGGGAGGAUGGAGAGAAGCUUGCCAAGGUGAGUCAUGGCAGGGUGGGUGGCAAGGAGGGUACCCUGAAGCUGUGGAGCCUGGGCUAUCCCCACCAGGCCACCACAGCUGGCAACAGCUGUUUGCAGGAGUAUGGACUGCCCUACAUGGAGACCAGUGCCAAGACAGGCCUCAAUGUAGACUUGGCCUUCACUGCCAUAGCAAAGGAGCUGAAACAACGUACCAUGAAGGCAACCAGUGAACCUCACUUCCGGCUGCAUGACUAUGUUAAACGGGAAGGUCGAGGAGCCUCCUGCUGCCAAUCCUGAACCAAACUGAAUUCAGAUCUACUCUGAAGGGAGAGGCUCAGCCCCAGAAGAUUGGACAGAAGGUCUACAGCCUGCAGCUCCCAGGGACUCCUGAAUCAAGCCUUGCCCCUUCGUUAACAGCAAUCUCAAACCUCCAUUCCCAAAAAGCAAAGGUCUUCAGCUCCAGAGAGGGUUUCAUGGAAGUGUGCAGAAUAUGCCAUAGAGCUCUGCUGCCACCUCCUGGGCACUCCUAGAGGGCCAGGCCACAGGCCAACACGUGUACAGUGCCUAACCCCUUAGAAAAGCCAUGUUUUUACCAUACACUGCUCAGGCAGGACUCUUGCCUGGGACAGGGCUUCUCUGCUAUUAUCCUCCUGUGUGCCCCAAAAACCAGCCAAAGCUGGCUAGGGCACCUAUGUGGCAAGCCCUGGUUAGGCCUAGCCACAGAUGAGGCUUGAGUUUGCCAAGCUGUCUUCAUCUUGUAUUACUAGAAUGACUGAACCAAUCUUUUGAUUGCUUUUUUUUUUUUUUGGAGACAGGGCUUCGCUAUGUAGUCCAGGCUGGCCUCGAACUCAU